AUGUUGGGCCUCUGCUUCUGUUUCCUGCUGUGCUAUGUCACCCACCUGAUGAAGCGCAUCCAGAGGGGGCCCGUCAGAGGCAUCUCCAUCAAGCUGCAGGAGGAGGAGAGGGAGAGGAGGGAUAACUACGUCCCGGAGGUCUCCGCGCUCGACCAGGAGAUCAUUGAGGUGGACCCUGACACCAAGGAGAUGCUGAAGCUUCUGGACUUCGGCAGCCUGUCCAACCUGCAGGUCACACAGCCCACGGUGGGGAUGAACUUCAAAACACCCCGAGGAGCCCUCUGAGGCCGUCGCUCUAUGUCACUUUUUUUCCAAUAAACCAGUAGGAAACCA